UGCUGCUGAGGGGGUGAAGGGUAAAGGUCAGUCUGUGUAAAACGUGUCAGUAGACUAUCGCUUCACCGGUAUCGCUAUAUGCCGGGUGUUGCUGCCUUUCUCUUCGCUAUAUUUGUUUAUUAACUCAAUUAAAUUUCCGAAAAUGGCUAAAAAGCGGCGAGAAAUAUCGGAGACAGACGGGUUGUCGCCGGUAGAGACGGAUGUCAAGUCCGGUGACAGAGACUCGAAGCUUCUGAAAGAGGCUCAGCAUAGUAUCGGAGGCUCAACGCGCAUGUCCCUGUUGAUUCUCGCUUCCAUCUUUGCUUGCUCUGCCUUCGUCAUGUAUCUGGUCUACAGGAACUUCCCAGAGCUCUCUGAUGAUGAAAUGCAAAAAAUCAAGAUUCCCAAAGACAUGGAUGAUGCCAAAGCUUUGGGAACAGUGUUGUCCAAAUACAAAGACACUUUUUAUACCCAGGUGUUGGUGGCCUACUUUGCAACCUAUAUUUUCCUCCAAACAUUUGCUAUUCCUGGCUCCAUCUUCCUCAGCAUCCUGUCUGGGUACCUUUACCCUUUCCCCUUGGCUCUCUUUUUAGUCUGCUUGUGCUCUGGCCUUGGAGCUUCUUUCUGCUAUAUGUUGUCAUAUCUGGUGGGCAGACCUGUGGUCUACAAAUACCUCACAGAGAGAGCGCAGAAAUGGUCUCAGCAGGUUGACAAACACAGAGAUCAUUUAAUAAAUUAUAUCAUCUUCCUGAGGAUAACGCCCUUCCUUCCCAACUGGUUCAUUAACAUCACUUCCCCUGUCAUCAAUGUGCCUUUGGGGGUUUUCUUUGUCGGCACCUUUCUUGGUGUGGCGCCACCAUCCUUUGUAGCCAUCAAUGCUGGCACAACACUGUACAAGCUGACCACCGCCGGCGAAGCCGUGUCCUGGAACUCCUUGGCUGUGCUCGGCAUACUCGCCGUGCUCUCCAUCUUGCCCGUCUGUUUCCAGAAGAAGCUGCAGCAGAAACUUGAGUAGAACUCUUGAACACCUCAGCACCUGACCCCGCUGGCUCAGGAGCACGCAGCGGACCCCGAAGCUGCUCCUCUGUCGGUGAAGGAAUCUCUGGACGAUGGCAUGUCGAGCACUGACUGAAAAAUGCAUGCUGUGGUGGGUUAUUCCUCACGUUAGGUGAAGUACAAACUGUCUGUUGCUUGUGCAAUUUUUUUUUUUUAUAUUUUAUUGAGGCACAUGUUGUAAAUAAGACUUACUUUUCUAUUUAAACCGCAGAGUAGCUUACAAUUCUUUUCAGAGCAAUAAAGGGGCUGUUUUAGUUCUAUGUUGCAUACAACGUUUUUUGCUCGUUCUGCUUUUUAUUUUUGCAAAAAUCAGAUUUUUUUUUUAGAAACUCCUACAACGCUGCCAUCAAUACCUUCUGUGUUGCUGAUGUUGUGAACAUCUGUCCUCUAAUUGCAGCAAUGGUUACUUAUCUUUAGUUGUAGCAUGUGAAGGUCACCUAUUGGUGGCCCCUUUUAAAUCGCUAACCUCUUAAUAAUUACAGUGGGGCAAAAUAUUUAGUCAGCCACCGAUUGUGCAAGUUCUCCCACUUAAAAUGAUGACAGAGGUCAGUAAUUUACAUCAUAGGUACACUUCAACUGUGAGAAACAGAAUGUGAAAAAAAAAUCCAUGAAUUCACAUGGCAGGAUUUUUAAAGAAUUUAUUUGUAAAUCAAGGUGGAAAAUAAGUAUUUGGUCACUUCAAACAAGGAAAAUCUCUGGCUCUCACAGACCUGUAACGUCUUCUUUAAGAAGCUUUUCUGUCCUCCACUCGUUACCUGUAUUAAUGGCACCUGUUUGAACUCAUUAUCUGUAUAAAAGACACCUGUCCACAGCCUCAAACAGUCAGACUCCAAACUCCACUAUGGCCAAGACCAAAGAGCUUUCGAAGGACACCAGGAAAAGAAUUGUAGACCUGCACCAGACUGGGAAGAGUGAAUCUACAAUAGGCAAGCAGCUUGGUGUGAAAAAAAUCAACUGUGGGAGCAAUUAUCAGAAAAUGGAAGACAUACAAGACCACUGAUAAUCUCCCUCGAUCUGGGGCUCCACGCAAGAUCUCAUCCCGUGGGGUCAAAAUGAUCAUGAGAACGGUGAGCAAGAAUCCCAGAACCACAUGGGGGGACCUGGUGAAUGACCUGCAGAGAGCUGGGACCACAGUAACACAGGUCACCAUCAGUAACACACUACAACGGCAGGGAAUUAAAUCCUGCAGUGCAAGACGUGUUCCGCUGCUGAAGCCAGUGCAUGCCCAGGCCCGUCUGAAGUUUGCCAGAGAGCACAUGGAUGAUACAGCAGAGGAUUGGGAGAAUUUCAUGUGGUCAGAUGAAACCAAAGUAGAACUUUUAGGUAUAAACUCAACUCGCAGUGUUUGGAGGAAGAAGAAUACGGAGUUGCAUCCCAAGAACACCGUACCUACUGUGAAGCAUGGGGGUGGGAACAUCAUGCUUUGGGGCUGUUUUUCUGCUAAGGGGACAGGACGACUGAUCCGUGUUAAGGAAAGAAUGAAUGGGGCCAUGUAUCGUGAGAUUCUGAGCCAAAACCUCCUUCCAUCAGUGAGAGCUUUGAAGAUGAAACGUGGCUGGGUCUUCCAACACGACAAUGAUCCCAAACACACCGCCCGGGCAACAAAGGAGUGGCUCCGUAAGAAGCAUUUGAAAGUCCUGGAGUGGCCUAGCCAGUCUCCAGACCUCAACCCCAUAGAAAAUCUGUGGAGGGAGUUGAAAGUCCGUGUUGCUCGGCGACAGCCCCAAAACAUCACUGCUCUCGAGAAGAUCUGCAUGGAGGAAUGGGCCAAAAUACCAGCUACUGUGUGUGCAAACCUGGUAAAGACCUAUAGUAAUCGUUUGACCUCUGUUAUUGCCAACAAAGGUUAUGUUACAAAGUAUUGAGUUGAAUUUUUGUUAUUGACCAAAUACUUAUUUUCCACCCUGAUUUACAAAUAAAUUCUUUAAAAAUUCUGCCAUGUGAAUUCAUGGAUUUUUUUUCACAUUCUGUCUCUCACAGUUGAAGUGUACCUAUGAUGUAAAUUACUGACCUCUGUCAUCAUUUUAAGUGGGAGAACUUGCACAAUCGGUGGCUGACUAAAUACUUUUUUGCCCCACUGUAUAUUUAAAUAUAUGUAGUUUUCUUUUUAAGUAAGUGCACCAACACAGCAAUAAUUGUCGCUUUGUUGUUGAAUGAAGAUUUAGUUUUUAAAACAGACAUUUUGACAAACGACUGAUGUACCACACAAUACCCCCCCCCCCCCCCCCACCUCUUUUGUUUAUUUGUGAAUCUUAAAGCAGGAUUCGUUACAAGUCCUAACACUGUUAAGUCUAGAUAGAACAUCUUGGAUUGUUUUUCCCCUGCUGGUUUUUUUUUUUUUACUUAAAAAAGUAGAAUAUUUAUUGUGUCAACUGAAAAAAUAAUCAUAAGGAUAAAUUGCCUAAAGCUUAGAAAAGAUGGCAAAAAGUAAAAUGGAACAUCUUCUGUUGAGGAAAUGGAAGUGAAAUGGUGAGAUGGAUGCUUUCGUGUUUAAAUGAGAUGAUAAUUAUCGAUGUCUGUAUAGUUUUUGCUUCUGUGUGAUCAUUUUCUCUCCAUGUUGUCAUUUCAUGAUAUUUUGCUUAUAAGAGGUAUUUCUGCAGCACUUCAGUUCCACAGAAUUAUUGAAGAUCUCUUUAAUUUGGGUUUUCUGUUUUGUCUUGAAACCACAAAGUUAAUGACCUAGUUUUCAGGUUGCUAUUUUAAUUAUAUAAACACUUAUUUAUGUACAAGACUGAAACCAUUGUCACACUUGUUUGGGUUUUAUGUUUGAUGGAUCAGAGGGUGGCUCUUGUGCACUUGAUGCGUAGUAAAAUUCUACAGUAUUCAUUUAAUAUCUAUGGUUUUAAGAAAUCUAGUUCAAUUAGAUUUUUUGUAAUUUACUGUUACUGAAUUCCCCUGUUUUAACCGUCCACUGAAUUAAUGAAUGCUAUCUUAAUCCAUUCAUUUUAAGUAUCAACAUCAAAGGUUCAAAGUCAAAGAUUUAAGAAUAUUUCAAAGGCGUAUUAUUCAGUUAAAAAAUAUUUUUAUUUUUCCAGGAAUAUUUUAUAUUUGAUUAAAAUGAGCUUCAUACAAUGUGAUUUAUUUGUUGAACUUGCUUUACAAAUAUUACAAGAUUCCCCAAAUA